AUGGCCUCUCAGACUAGUGUGAUGGCGGUGGGUCGUGUCGUGUGCGAUGCAGAGGCGGCAACAGCACGCCUCAACGAGUCCUCAGUGCUCCUGGAAGGGUGCAUCGACCCCUGUCAGGGUGUGAGGGUCCGUCUGGACUUGCGCCAUCUGCCGUCCUUCUCGCUCUUCCCAGGGCAGAUCCUGGCCGUUGAAGGCAGCAACCCCAGCGGCUACUGCCUCGUUGCUAAGCGGAUCGUUGCUGCCCUGCCGUACCACCCCGUGCCGAGCCUGGCAGGCUCGGAUGGUGGUGCUGCUGGUGGCGAUGGUGGUAGAGAUGGGGAGGGUGGAAUGGAGAAAGGGACAGAGGGGAAGGUGGAUGGUGAUGCUGGUGGUGGUGAUGGUGAUGGUUCUGCUGGUGAUGCUGCUGCUGGUGGUGCCACGGCUUCUGAUGGUGGUGCUGCUGAGGUGCAAGAGAAGGAGGAAGCUGGGACUGAGGGGAUGGAUACAGGAGGAGUCAGAGCGGUGGAGAGCGGUGCUGCAGUUGUAAAGGCCGAGGGUAAUGAGGAAGAGGAGGAGGAGGACGGCGAUGAGAUUAGGAUUAUCGCGGCUGCAGGCCCCUUCACAACGAUUGACUCAUGGUCAUUCGACCCGCUCAAAGACCUCAUCAGAUUCGCACUGCAGCGACCACCGGAUGUGCUGCUGCUGAUCGGUCCCUUCAUCGAUCGAGAGCAUCCUGAUGCGCGGGACGGCUGUGUUGACCAGACAUAUGAGGCGCUCUUUCAGCAGCACAUCCGCGCACAGGUGAGAGGGCAAAGGAAAUGA